AUGCCAACCACACAUCCAAUGACAGCCAUACCAAAAGUUACUUCGAUGGAUGAUAAACAUUAUAAUAAAGAUCCAACAAAAAAAGACAUACCAUCAACUUCCAUAGAAGACACAAGCCAAGAAAAUGGAUAUGCCAGUCCAAGCCACAAGACACAUAGCAAAACACACCGAGUUUUGGACGACUGUUCCAUAAGUAUGGAUGGUAAUAAUUCUCAUUAUUCGACGGAAGACGAAAGUGAACAAUUCCAUCCUGCUAGUGAAAACCUAGAUACCGAUGUUGCUAUGCAGGAAUCAGACAUUGAGGAUUACUUACACAAACCUGAAGACAAUGGCCCAACAAUAUUACGCGAUUCGCCUUUACCUUCGGAGCUACCCGAGUAUUCACCACCUGGCGAAGAUUCACAACAGUGUGACGCACAAUGUCAGCAAAAUACAAAUGUUCACGCGCAUAGUGUUUCAGCUUCUGAUCCUACUGGUGAAGCUACUGCUUCUGAUACUAGUAGUAAUCUACUUCCAUCUGACAAAUCUCCAGAUAAAGACAAGGAUUCAUCUAAAGAUGAUAAUAAGGAAAUUCGCACCAUUCGUGAAGCUGCGAUAAUGCUUUUGUUGAAUCAUCCUUUUAUAGUUCAACUUAAGGAAGUAAUGGUGCUACCACACCACUAUUAUAUGUUUUUCGAGUAUGUUAAUGGCGGUCAAAUGUUAGAUUAUAUCAUCAGCCAUGGAAAACUAAAGGAGAAGCAUGCCCGGAAAUUUGCCAGACAGAUAGUGAGCGCAUUGG